UUACCCACUCGCCUUUUCCCAGGCUGCCUCGGCAAAAGAGGAAGCCGUCCUGCGUGUGACGCGAUAUUUUCAUCAUGGUGCCGCUGGGGAGGGCAGCGAAAGAAAGUGCAGGCAACCCGAAAGAAAUUGAGAUUCUUCAUCUCAGACAACCCGGAAAAUUUAGAGGUUUGAAUACUGCCUUGCACUGAGCCCUCUCGGACCAUGGGUGAGAAUGGCCCAUGCAAAAACAUCAUGUAUUUUGAGGUUGAGGAGGAUGAGGAUGACUUGGCCCCAGAGGAAAACAUGCUGGGCUUUGAGAAGAAUGGAUUGAUUCCGUCUUCUUCAGGUACAGUGUAUGACAGGACAACUGUCCUGAUAGAACAGGAUCCAGUGAGUUUGGAUGAUGAUGAGGACGAUGGUAAUUGUGACAACAUGACGUUUCUUCCUGAGGGUUCAGACGAAGGGCUGCCUUUUAUGGCAGAUCAUGAAGGCAUGUCUCAAGGAUAUGUGCAUCAUACAAUCUCUCCAGAUCAAAUCCAAUUCACUAUAAACCCAGGCUCUACCCCAAUGCCACGAAACAUAGAAGGAGCAACCUUGACUCUUCAUUCAGAAUGUCCGGAAACCAAACAAAGAGAGGUAAAAAGAUUCCAGUGCACAUUUGAAGGCUGCACACGCACCUACAGCACAGCAGGAAACCUUCGCACACAUCAGAAGACCCACCGUGGAGAGUACACAUUUGUCUGCAAUCAGGAAGGCUGUGGCAAGGCUUUCCUUACCUCUUAUAGUUUAAAAAUUCAUGUGCGGGUCCAUACAAAAGAAAAACCUUUUGAAUGUGAUGUGCAAGGAUGUGAAAAGGCAUUCAACACACUUUACAGAUUAAAAGCACAUCAAAGGCUUCACACAGGGAAGACAUUUAACUGUGAAUCUGAAGGAUGCAGCAAAUAUUUUACUACGCUAAGUGACCUGAGAAAACAUGUCCGAACACACACAGGAGAAAAGCCAUUCAGGUGUGAUCAUAGUGGUUGUGGAAAAGCGUUUGCUGCUAGUCACCAUCUUAAAACCCACGUCAGAACGCAUACAGGAGAAAAACCCUUUUUCUGUCCCAGUGAUGGCUGUGAAAAAACAUUCAGUUCUCAAUACAGCCUUAAGAGUCAUAUGAAGGGUCAUGACAAAGGACAUCUGGAUGGUCCAAGCUUAAGUCAAGCUUUGUCAGAGGAUGCAAACCAGUCUCUUUGCUUGAGUGAUUUAAGCUUACUCUCUACAGAUUCUGAACUAAGAGAGUCCUCUGGAAAUGGUCAAGGCAUGGAUUUGAAUAGUGUUAUGCCAGUGAUGGUUUUUGAAUUAAUGUUUCAGAGUCCAGAAAACAGUGUUAGUCAAGACGACUCUCCUCAUGCAGAUGGGCUGAUUGAAAAUUUCAAUCCGGAUGUAUCUACUGGAUCAACAUCCAAACAUCUUGCUUCUGACUCUGCUUCAGUUUUACCUUUUCCUGAUCGGUUUCCAUCAUUGCAAAAAGACAUUUCUGAAUCUUCUCAGCAAGUCACACCAUCUACAGCUGUUUCUUCAACUACAUCUGUUACCAAAUGUUCACAAACAGCCCUUUUUGAAAGUGGACCCAGUGUGUUGCAGACACCAGAAGUGCCUGUUCCACUGAGCACUCAGCCAUACUCAUCGAGUCAAGAUUUCCAUGUAGACGGUUCACCAACUCGGCCCACUACGAAGAGUCAUCCUCUGGAAACAGAGGCCAUUGCCUCCACAGCCACUUCCAGUGUAGAAUCACUACCAACCAUGGUGCAGACUGUGCCUUUAGCUGUAAACUCUGUCCUAACUAGUAACCCAACUAUAGCAAUUACACCUACUCAAAGCACCACCAUUCUUCAGCCCAGCAUUGUUAUGGACGACCAAAAUAUUCAGUGGAUUUUAAAUAAAGCCACCAAUGCCCAGAAAAGUUCAGAACAGUCGCAGCAAAGUACUAAAGUUGAAAAAGUGUUUUUUACCACAGCAAUACCAGAUGGAGGAAGUUCAGGUAACCCUGUUCAACAGAUUGGUCUUAGUGUCCCUGUCAUCAUCAUUAAGCAAGAGGAAUCUUGUCAGUGCCAAUGUGCAUGUCGGGACUCUGUUAAGGAUAAGUCUUCAAACAAAAAAGACAAUCCUCCUCCAGCUGCUCCAACUCCUCCUCCUCUACCUCCUCAAAGCUCAUCACCACCUUCACGUCCCUCUUCUUCUCCUCCAGAAAAGGACAAAUUGCACACAAAAGCAGACCUGUGCAUCCCUGGAACGUCAUUCUACACACCCACUUCUGAUAUUCCUCUGAACUUCAGGGGAACACAGUAGCCAGACUUGGUCACCAAAUCUACAGACAAACAUCUUCUUUAACAUAAAUAAGAUUUUCUCUCCUUCACAGCCAGGGAUGCCUUCUAAUAUGAGUUCUGUAUGUGUUAUGCUGUUUUUUUGCAGAUUUUUACCAUGGGCAGUUAUGGUAAUAGUUCUUCUAACUUAGGCACCAAUUAAUGCUUUUGGAAAUGUGUGUGUUUCUAAAAUUGCCUAUUUGCUUAUAAUUUUUGUUGUAUAAAGUUGGGAGUAUGAAGGUGACUCUAUUCCAAGUGUGCAAAGAUAAAGUUAAUUGUGCUAUCUACCAUAUAGAUUCACCCAGUAUGUCCAUUUUGUAUUCAUUUUGAAAAUGUUUAUAAUAGAAUGAAAACUAAGGGUAGAACUGUUGCAAAUGCAGUUCUAUCAAGACACCUUUUAUCUAUACUGUAUAAAAUUAAUUCUUAUGUUAUUUUAAUUCUGACUGGGAUGAACAAUAGUGUCCAAAAAAACUGCUGAAUUAGGUUUAAUUUAAUCUUUGCACUCUUGGGGUUGAAUAGUAAAUGCACUUCAGGAUUUUUUUGCAUUUUGUUUAUAUAAGAAAUAUAUAUAUAUAUAUAUUUAUUUGGAUUUUGUCAGAGUUUGCUAUAAUAAAAUAGAGCUAUUAAAGUUUGUAACAUAUAAAUGUAAUAAUAAAUAAUUAUAUUAAAAAGAACAGAUUUACAGCAAAAUGUGUAGAUGAUAAUUAUCUACAAUAUCAGGAUAUUUAAGAAGAAAACAUUCCCAAAAAAGUAAUUUUGUACCAUUCAUGUUAUUAAUGGAAAAUAUGUUAAUGUUUUAUUUCACAAUAUUGACUAUAAUACCAUAAAAUUACACUAAUUGUAUAGGAAGAGCAAGUUUUGCCUUUUUAUAACAUUUUUCAGACCUUUGUAAAACAUUCUGUUCUUAAAUGAAUAUAUUUUAAUUGUUUUGACAUAUGCAGUGCCCUGUUUUAUUCUGAUAUACCAAGUAUUUUUUCAUAAAUUAAAUUAUAGAUUUAUUUGAUUAGGUAACACAAGACCCUAUAUGAAAUUGCUUACAGACAUUUGCUCACAAAGAAAAGCAGAUAGCACCUUCUUAAACCUUCCAGUCUUACAUUACCAAUUCUUUAGCAUUAUGUUUGGUUUGUAUAUCAAACAUUUUAAUUUUAUAUCUUAAUUCAUGGAGAGGAAGAGGAUAAUAAGAUACAGAUGUGUAAUUAAAGUAAAAAGAAAUUGUUUAAUGUAAAGUGUACAACUUUAUCAAUAAAAUCCAUUGUUAAAAUUAGACAUUGAGAGACUAGGAAACCUAGUAAUCAUACUGUUAAUAAGGGAGUAUCCAAUUUUAGCAUCAAUUUUAUUAAUUUAGUGUGUUUGCAUAGAAUAAUCUAGGAAGUAUAGAACAUAUAAUCCAAGAACACAAUUUUUUUUUUUCUUGUCAAGAUGAGCAAUUUGUAUUUCUUACAAUACACACGUUCACAAAAGUUUGAGAAGAAAGAAAAUGAGGUACUGUAAAAUUACUUAUGGGUAAUAGCUGGAUUUUUCUAAAUAUAAAUAUUUAGCAAAUUUAGACAAGUCUUUAAUGAUGACCAGUGCAAUAUAACCUUAAUGAAGUAAACAUUGAUUAAUAAUUGCUUCAUCUUUAAAGAAUUUAUUUUCACAUCACAGUGAAUUUGUUUCUUUUUUUAUUUGAAAAGGUAGUUCAAUACAGGGACACCUGUACAUUUUAAGCACUGAAACACCAAACCUUCUUUUUUUGUUUUUAAUAUUGUUCAAGGUAAACUACAGAUUUCUUAUGUAUGUUCAUCCAGGGCCAUAUCUUGCAUAGCUAUUAUAUUAAAAGCACUUUACUCUGCAUUUUUAAACAACCAGGUCCAUGUGGUGUUCUCUUCAUGAGACUUUCUGCAUACUUGUGUCUUCAUGCAAGUGUGAAGUGUGUGUGUGUGUGUGUUUUAAUACAGUUUAGAAUUUUUAAAACAUUUUGCAGAGGCCUCUCCCAUAUCCCUGAGUAGCAAUUCAUUGCUAGUUGCUUUUGUUCAGUUUACAGCUUAACAUUCUGAGAUGAAAUAUGUACUGCUAUCUCUGUUUUUUCUUGAGGUAUAGAAAUGUAAAAAAAAAAGACAUUAUUAAAAUGUUUAGUUCUUGCUCAGGACUUGUGCAUUUAGUGUAUCUGAUAACUGUUAAAAUCGAGAAAACUACAUUUUUUCAAGGUGAUAAAUAGAUUGGGUUUUAUAUUUUAAUGAUCUAUGCAAUCAUUAUAUAAAUAGAGAAGGAGAACCUCACAGAUUUUACGUGAUUAUAAAAACAGUAUUUGUAGAGACAGUUGCAUUAUGGUAUUUUUAUCUUGUUCUUCAGUUGCAUUUGUGUGUGUGUGUGUGAGAGAGAGAGAGAGAGAGAGAGAGAGAGAGAGAGAGAGAGACUGGGAGUUAAUAUAAAGAAAACCCCAUUGAUAAAAUAAUUUUGUUCUUUUAAUGUUGUGUAUAAUUUAUUAAUAAAGUUUAGUGGUAUAGUCAAUUAUAUUUUCAGCAACACAGGCACAGUCCAUAAUAAAUUUUAGAGGAUAUUUAAAAUGCUCCACUUUGUAGCUUUUAACAGCUAUAGAGGAAGAUGAGAGUGGCAUUGUUCAUUUUUCUGUUUGUUAUCUCCCGACAGUUCUAUAAAACUGUUCUUGAUAGUAGCAAAAAGUUGAAUUUGCACGCUUUUAAGCUUAUCCUUGAAGGGUGUUCCAAUGUAAAUGUUUUCCUUAGGACUAAGUGCACAAAAAAAACAAAUUUUCUAAGGAUACAGACUUGUUACUACAUUUCCUUUAAACCAUCCAUUACAGAUGCAUAUUAAAUUAGGUAGAUAUGAUUUUGAUAGUAGUGCUGUGUGUACAGUUUUUCUUUCUUUCAUUGUCAGGUUAUAAAAUAUGUGCUAGUUAUUACCAUAUGAUAAAAAUAAUUUUAUAUUAAACAUUUAUUUUUUUAAUGCUAUUUAUUUUGGAUAUUAGUGUCAUUUUAAAAUGAGAGUCCUUAAACACACUUGUACUUUUGAAAGUGUCUCAAAAGAUCAUGGAAUACCAUUAAUAUUCAACUUGAAAUCUGCAGUUUUCAUAUCCAGUAAUAUCGUCAUUCAAUCACUCGUAUGUGUUCUCGCUCCAUAACAAAACAUAAUAUUCUGAGCCCUAUCCAUCAUUUACAUUAGAGUAAAUUAUGGAGCCGUGUGAAAUGAGCAGAUCCUUUUUUUUUUUUUUUUUUUUUUUUUGAUAAUAAAAAAUACAGUAUAUAGUAAUGUUUGCAAAUUAAAGAAAAAAUAAAAUCAGUUUAUUGAAAUACACAAAUAAUUGUGAUAGCCAUAUUUUAACUUGAAAACAUAUUUACAUUAGAUCAGAAGUAAAAAUUUACACUUGAUUUAUACGCUAUAUUAAGUAGUUAUUGGCCAUAUUUUGGAAAUCCAAACAAAUUAACACACCACAAAUUGUAUCGGAAUUGUGUUAUCGGAUAAAGGAUAUGUUGUGCACAAUAUAAUCUUUGUGAUGUUCUUUAUUUUUAUACAGAUAGUUUUUGAUAGAGAAGGUUUAAACUAAGGGAAUUGGAUGAGCAUAAUGGAAAUAGACAAAGUCUGAAAAUACUUAAAAUUCUGUUAUAAGAAUUAUCUUGGAAAGCAUUGGCUAUAUACAGUUGUUUUUUUUUUUUAUUAUUUUGUUCCAUUUUAAAAUAAUAAUGAAAAAUGUAUAUUCUCCUGAGGGGAUACAUUUAUUUUGUUUUUCCUUUUUCAGGAUGUAAGAUGGCAGCAACUUGUUAUUUGGCUGGAUUAUAUACUGUAUUUAUUUGAUAAAUAAGUUGUGUUACUUCCAUACAUUUUAAAGGCACCUUUGUGCUCUGCUGUAAUGUCUGUAUUUUACUUUUAUAUCAAAUAUGUUCAGCAGAAAUGUUGCAUAAAUCAUAGUAAUCUUUACAAAUACUGCUGUUUAAUGUUCAGGGUAUGAUGUUUUCAUUAAAACUUCUUUCUCUUACAUACACACACAUGCACACGCUCACACAUCCCAACCCAAUAGUUUUGUAUGAAAUUUUCAAACUUGUUGGAAGAAACCUAUUGCUUUGUUUGUGUUCUGAUGAAAAUGCGAUUUUCUAAGCCAAGCACUGUUCUGUUGUGUAUUCUCAGAAUUCAUUAAACAUCUCUUACUUGGGCAUUUGGACAUCGAGAGAGUAAAUAAUAGUAGCUAAAUAAAGCUUCCAAAGGAAGAGAAUGUCUUCAAAUCCCAAAGAGUGGAGGAAUUUAACAUGUAAAGAGUUUGUAUUUUUUAAGAAUGUGAAAAUGCUGUUAAUUGCUUGUUUUGUAUUAACUAAUAUUGUAUUAUGGUUAAAAAUACAUAACUGGGAAAAUAACAUUUUUGGAACUGAAAGCAAUAUACUACUAAUUAAAUCAUAUACUGACUUGUUUAA